CACUCCGCCACUCUCACGUUCGACGCUGGAGGGAACGCCCAAAAUCAAAACGCAAAGCUUCGACUGAUCCCUCACUCCACUGAGAGGAACCCUAACCCUUGUUCCCGAGGCUAAUGGCGAGCGAGCCGAGUAGAGAAACCCUAACCCUAGCCCUGGGGAAGCGGAAGAUCGCGGAGGAGGAGGAGGAGGAGGAGGAGGAGGACGAAGAGGAGGAGGAGAGGGAGAUCCGUGAGCUCGAGCGCGAGGUGGGCGAUUUGGGCCGUAGGAUCUUGGAUUACCGGAGGACGAUCCCGGAUCGGCUCCUCGAGGCUCUCUCCGCAAGCCUCGUCGCGCAGAGGCCGCUUCUUCCGCCGCAGAGCGGUAGCGGAUCCUUUCCCUCCGACCUAUCCCUCGCGCCCGAUAUCGGUGGCAAUCGAACUACUGAGGACCGGACACCAUCCGGACUGAGUAAUGGGGCAUUACUUGCAGAAGGAGAUCUAGCAACGCUUGAAAACUUACAGGCUUUCAGAGCCAAAGCUGCUAGCAAUAUUGCUGUGAUGCCCAUCAUAUUGCAAAGAAUGAAUGAAUGCAUCACAAGGAUCGAUAAACUCGAAAAGUGUGAUGUAAACAUACAUUCAGUUUUCAAAAUAAAAAGUUGGGAAUUUGGUGAUGUAAUACAGUUCGGAUGAAAGCAGAUCUAAAUCCCAAUGUAUUACAAGCUUCAGGGGGCAUUGUUGGUGCUCUUUCCAUGGCCUCCUUGUUGUUGGUGCCCUCUCUCUGUGGACAUUUUACAUUCACCUUUCGUGAUGAUCGCAAUUGCACAUUGCAUUUUGUGAUUCUGGCAGUUGUUAAGAUGCUUCAAGUUUCAA